AUGGAAAUCGAUUAAACAUGCACUCAACAUCCUAAAUAAAAGAUAGGCUGGGUUUGCUUAGAGAAAUAGUGUCUUUAACGAGUAAUGUGUUCAACUUGUGCAGUUAAGAUUCAUGAGAAAUAACAUAAAGUAAAUUUGAAUUGACAUUUAAAAAGUUAGAAGAACUUUCAAAUUUAUUAGAAAAUGGAGUUUUAUAAAUGUAUUAAAGUAAUAGCAAAAACAUAAGUCCUGGGCUUAAAUAUUUACUUAAUGGUGAACCUGAGAUAAUCUAAGAAGAAAAUAGAAUUGGAAAUGAUAAUAAUUAUUUUUAAAGUCUAAUAGAAAGAAAUCUAGGGGGAGUUUAAAAAAAAAUGGAUGCUUUUAAAAAAGAAUUUCAAGAUAAAUAAAAAGAGAUUAAAUAAAGUAAUUAGGAAGAGAGAAAUGAAAUUAUAACAACUUUAGAAUAAUUAAAUUAAAAAAUAAAAGUAUCAGAAGAUGUUGGAAAUGAUAUUGAAGAGGCAUUCAAAAAAAUAUAAUCUUAUGUCAAUCAUAAAGAAUAUGAAAUGAAACAUAAUAAAGAAGGAGAGAUUGUUAAUAAAAAGUAAAUUAUAAAAUAUAAAAUUUUUAGAAUUUAUCUUCUAAAUUUAAUGAAAGAUAACUUUGUUAAAAUGAUAAAAAAUUAUUUUAGUAAUGCUUUUACAAUAGAAUUUUGUAGAUUAUUUGAUAUGCAAAUGGAAACAUUAAAUUCAAAAGAAGUUUAAGAUGUGAAUGGAUUUUUAGAUUAUGUCGACAGCAAAUGGAAAUAAGAUUAUAAAAACCUUUAAAUAUCCAUAGAAAAAUUUGUUUAAAAAUUGCAUGAAGGUCUGAAAUAUAUAAUUUAAUUACCAUUACAAGAGGAGAAAGUAUAUAUUUAUAUAAUUAUAGCCAUUAAAAUAAUAAAUUGUUAUCCCAUAAUUUACCUCUCCAUCUAGAAAUCCAAUUUAGUAUUAAUAAUAACCUUAAUUUGUACCAUUAACACCUUACAAUUAAGUACCACCUUAGUAUUAAUUCCAUUAAUAAAUACCAUUGACUGGCUAAAGGGUAUAUCAAAAUUAAAAUUAAUUCAAUUCUGCUCCAGUUCCAUAAGCUGAUGUAGAGAACGAUUAUUUUGCCUAAUCUUAAAUAAUCUAUGAAGAGCCUUAAAUGCGGAAUAAUACAAGACCUGAUUUUGUUAGUUAGAGUUUAUAAUAAUAUUAAUGA